AUGCAGCUCACGACCGUGCUCCUCCUCUCUCUCACCGCACUCAUCAAUGCUGCUCCAGCACCAGUACCAGCACCGGCUGAUAGUGCACAGGCCUUUAGCUACACGAGCUGUUUGACGGUGUCGUACGACACACCGCAGGGGAUCGCGUUCUACCAGAUUGAGAACAAGGACUCGGCAACGUUUGCGGCGAACUGCAAGAAGUGCAUUGGGACGACAACGGGAUGUGGAACGUCCGAUACAGUCUGUAAAAAUAAUAAGUUUAAUGAGUGCGCGAAGACCUUGUAG